UAUUUGGCGCCGAGACUCGAGCGCUGUCAAGUCAGUCGAGCUCUGCUCCGGUAGUCUGUUUAUCUCACAGAGGCGCUUUCUCUUACAGCGAAUGGAAUCGACACACAAAUGCGUUGCUAAUGAAUGUGUUUCUGCAAUAUGAAGAAUGGAAGAAGACGAUGUGACGAUUAGAGAGCAGAAUUUCCACAGCCAAGUGCGCGAGUACAUUGUUUGCUUCCUCCUGUUUGCAGUGCUGUACAUUGUAUCGUACUGCGUCAUCUCACGCUACAAGAGAAAAAGCGAUGACCAGGAAGAUGAGGAUGCCAUCGUCAACAGAAUAUCUAUGUACCUGUGUACAUUCACACUGUCAGUGUCUGGAGGGGCUGUCCUUCUCUUACCAUUUUCUAUCAUCAGUAAUGAGAUCCUGCUCUCCCUGCCAAAAAACUACUACAUACAGUGGCUCAAUGGAUCACUCAUUCAUGGCCUGUGGAACCUGAUGUCCCUUUUUUCAAAUCUCUGUCUCUUUGUGCUGAUGCCUUUCGCCUACUUCUUCCUGGAGUCCGAGGGCUUCGCUGGUUCGAAAAAGGGCAUAAAGGCUCGAGUGCUGGAGACGUUUGUCAUGCUCUUUCUGCUGGGUCUCCUCAUCCUGGGCAUUGUAUGGGUGGCGUCCGCUCUCAUCGACAAUGAUGCCGCCAGCAUGGAAUCGCUCUAUGAUUUAUGGGAGUUUUAUCUGCCAUACCUCUACUCCUGCAUCUCUCUGAUGGGAGGCCUGUUGCUGCUUAUGUGUACUCCAGUAGGACUGUCACGCAUGUUCACAGUGAUGGGCCAAUUACUAGUCAAACCCACAAUUUUAGAGGAUCUGGAUGAGCAAAUUUAUUGUAUACAGCUGCAGGAAGAGGCCUUGGAGCAUAGACUCAAUGGUAUGAUGUCAAACUCUUAUUUCCAUGGAAACUCUCAGCUCCAUCUCUACAAAGAGCUGGACAACAUUCGCAAUCAGAGGAACAAACUCGAAAGGAGAAAGAAGGCCUCAGCCUGGGAAAAGAACCUCCUUUACCCCAUAGUGAUGCUGAUCCUGCUUGCUGGAACGGCGAUUUCUGUUCUACUGGUUGCCCUGAACAUUGUGUACUUGCUUGUUGAUGAGACGGCUUUGCCAAAGGGUUCAACGGAAGGAAAUAUUGGCAAUGCCUCCUUAUCCAAAUUUGGAGUUGCCCAGGCAGUUAUUGAAAUCAUUCUCAUAUUUUAUCUGAUGGUCUCAUCUGUGGUUGGCUUCUAUAGCCUUCGCAUCUUUCAGGAGCUCACACCCAGAAAGGACGACACUACCAUGACAACGAUCAUUGGUUGCUGUGUAUCCAUUCUAGUGCUGAGCUCGGCCUUGCCUGUCAUGUCCCGAACACUUGGAAUAACAAGGUUUGAUCUCCUGGGUGAUUUUGGACGAUUUAAUUGGCUUGGAAACUUUUACAUCGUACUUUCGUACAAUCUUCUGUUUGCUGUAGUAACCACAUUGUGUCUGGUCCGAAAAUUCACAUCUGCUGUGCGAGAGGAACUCCUCAAAGCCCUCGGUCUGGAUAAAUUAAAUCUGUCCAACAGUACGACAGAUGCAGAGUCGGGGAAACAUGCUGUCAACGGGCAUCAGAAAACUCUGUGAGAACAAAAUCGAGCCAUUCUCACACAAACUCAUGUGUAUGCAGUUGGCGUCUUCAUUUUAAGAGUACAGUGGUAUUUAGUCAGAGAGUGGAAGUGUUUAGACUUUGAGAGGUCAACCUACAAUACAGUAGUGUAAAUACCACUGUACCUCACUUCAGAAUGCUUCCAGCUUCACAAAUAUUUUAUUCGGGUUAGUAGUGUUUGUUGUUCAGCUUGUAAAUGCUUUCAUUUCAAUUCUUUUAAGUGAGAACAUGUUAUUUUCUUGCUGACCUGCACGCCUAAAAGGCCCCCUGACUGCACCCUUCAGUGAGGGAUUAUUAGUAUUAUUUUAUAUUAUCUAUAAUUCUUUCUCUAGUUUGAUUAGGGGAAAUAUUAAGCUGUUUGCCAAGCUGAUCAUUUCACGUUUAAUGAAGCAUGCAUUAGUCUCAAUUAGGGCUUAUAAUUUUCCUCCUUAAUUAUUAUUUGAUUGCAUUUUGUGCCCUCGUAGAUCAGUAUUUUGUAAAGUUAAAUAGACCUUGUUAAAAGAAAUGGGUUUAGUUCCCAUAAAAACAGCACACAAAUGACAUAAACAUGUUUGUUAAUGACAAGAG